GAAUAACCACAAUUAAAAUCAGGAAACAGGCCUUUGUGACUCGUCUUCGAAAACUCUCCACAGAUAGGGUCGCUCGAUUUUUAAUUCUUACGAUAUCCUAUUACAAACCACUGAAUUUUGUGAACUGGAUACCUCUCCCAUCCACACCACUGACUUGUACUUCAGUACCCUUUUCACGACAGCAAAUAACCGACAAUGCCUCACGCCAUGCCAGCGCCUGGCUUCCAGGCCAUAAUUCUUUGCGGGCCAGGAUCGUCUUUUCCUACUUUCACUUCCAAUCCUGAUAAGAACCCAAAGGCUUUGAUACCAAUAGCAAAUCGUCCUAUGGUUUGGUACCCUAUUGAUUUCUGUUAUCGAAUGGGUGUUACCAGUAAGUCGAGUCAUAUUUCUAGAUUUGUUAUGAAAAUCCCCGAGACUAUUUUUCAAUGCAUAGUCCUGAGUGCAUAGUUUGAGUGCAUAACCUUGAUUACAUAGUUCCGAAUGCAACGUUGAAGCGAGCUACUUGGUCUAUAUUCCUCCAGGCUACCUUGAAUGUACAUCUUUGAGGUUCUUAUGAGACUAACACUUAUUUAGAUAUCACUCUCAUUACACCACCUUCUUCGGAAGAAGCCAUUAGAACUGCAUUAGCCACAAAUCCGCAUUUGACUAGUUUACCGUUACCAAAACCAGAUUUAUUAGCACCCGAAGAUCUAGAUCAAACGACAGGUACUGCCCAGAUCUUUCGAUUCCCGGAGGUACGAAACAUCAUCAAGGGUGAUUUCAUUGUACUUCCCUGUGAUCUUGUUUGUGAGCUUGGCGGUGAAUCUUUGAUAGAAUCAUGGAUGGUAAAGGAAGGAGGGUUAGGCGGGGCCACAGGAGGGGAUCACGAGGGCCCAAAAAUGGCACUUGGUGGUGAACGAGGUGGUAGACGUGGCGGGCUUGGAGUGUGGUACGAGACCAAGAGCGAAACAAUAAUCAAGGGGGAAGAAACAGAUUUUAUUGCAACAUCGCCCCUCGCCGCAACCUCCGUACCACCCUCCAAAUCAUCUUUGAUUCCUCAUCUCUCGAAGCUGGUUUAUUCUGUACCCACCGAUACCUUGAAGGAUAUAGUUGAAGACAAAAAAGGUUUACCAAUUCGACAUGCCCUAGUACGCAACCAUCCCCGUAUUCGAAUGCUGAAUUCACAUCGAGAUGCACAUAUUUACAUUUUCCCUGCCUGGGUCAUGGACAUGAUCAACGUAAACGAGCACAUGGACAAUCUUGGUGAGGAUGUUAUUGGUUGGUGGGCUAAAGCGGGGUGGCAACAAGGCCUAGGCGACAAAUUGGGCUUGCGAGAUAUUUUCGAGAACACAAGACCCGACGAGUCCGAUGAUAAUAUGCUCGACAAUGGUCCUGCAAGUGAUGAUGUCGAUUACGGCAAUUUGAGUUCGACUUGGACAUCUAAACUCCAAGAACCACUAUCGGUCAAAGCAUCAGAUUCUUCGAUCUCUAAUGGAAAACCAAGCUUCGCUAUUCCUCCGAUUCUAGCAUACAUCCAUCCUUCAAAGCCCAUACCAGAAGGGCUUCCACCUCUUAUUAGACGGGUCGAUACUGCUCCCAUCCUUUUAAACGUAUCCCUACAGCUGGCUAAAAUCGAAGCUAUCGAUCAAGUUGGCCGCGAUGCUGCCUCCCCAUUUGCCCAUAAUAGCAAAAUAGCCUGGCCAGAAGGAAUCGCCCAGAAGACCACAGUACGACCAGAUUGUCUUUUAGCCGAAAAUGUAAUUGUUGAAGAGAAAUGCAUUAUCAAAGAAUGUGUCAUCGGUGCAAACUGUCAAAUUAAAACUGGAGCAAGAUUGACUCGUUGUGUUUUGAUGGAUGGAGUUACCGUGGGACAAUCAUGCACAUUAACGGAUUGCGUACUAGGAAAGGGAAGUUUGAUUGGAGAUAGAUCGGAGCUGCAAGACUGUGAAGUUCAAGAAGAUUUUGACGUUGACCCUGGGAGUAAGUUCUUCACACCCACACCAAAUCUUCGAGAUAUGAGUACUGAUCGGAUUUAUCAUUAUAGCCAACAAAAAGAAAGACAGGCUGAUGAGUGCUGCUGGACUAGGCGUAGCCACCGAAGAAGAAAUUCAAGACUUCAGAAAUGAAGAUUCCGACGGAACCGAAUCAAGCUAGCUUUAUAAUUAAUAAAUAUACCAAAACUUUUCCACGCUAAAGAUACCUAUCCAUACUACUGAAGAUCUUCUUUCAUACAUUUCUCUUAC